AGCUAACACAAACGCUCAAAAGGCGUGAAUUACUCUUCUCAUACCCAUCAUCAGUAGCAUUCAUCGAUGACAUCGAGCAGAGCCUCAUUACCGAGGCGAUCUGCGGCAAGUCGAUCAUCACCAAAACCAAACAAAGAUGAAGCAGAACAGAGUGGAAAGACGGACAGGACUGAAGAACAAAAGACAAUUCCAACAGGUCCAUCACCUGUAGCGAUUGAUUUAGGUGCAUUUUCCAUACGCAUCAGUAUAGGCAGAGAUCCAAAAAGUUCUAUUGUCACUCGUUGUCCAAAUGCGAUCGUACGACAACAAGUUCAAAGACGACAUCCUGGUGUCACUUCUGGAUCUUCUUCACUAAUUGGUCCACAAAUUCAUGAGAGAUGUACAAAUUUUGGCUCUCUGACCAUCCGACAGCCAAUGGAUCGAGGCUUGGUGGUAGAUUGGCAGGCACAGAAAGCGAUCUUGGAUGUUGCACUAGCUGAUGCUCUGUCAAAAGAAAAGGGAGGCAGUACAUCAAACACAAAUGGUAAGCAAACCGGCAAGCUUUUACAAGGAAGACAAGUGAUCCUUACAGAAGCAUACUUUAACCUACCCGAUCUACAAUCCGCAAUGGAUCUGCUUUUGAUGGAAGAGUAUGGAGCAGGAUCGAUUUGGAGAUGUGCUCCUGCAUAUCUCAUACCUUACAGCCUGCCUCUAUUCUCCGCUACUACGGCUGGCGUUGGAAAGAAGAGACAGCGACCAGAGUGCAUGCUAAUCGUAGAUCUGGGACACAGCGGCACACAUACAGUACCAAUUGUAGGUGACUCUAUCAUCUGGAAAGCAACACGCAGACAUGUAAUCUCGCAAAAGUUAUUGACGAACCUGCUGAAAGAAUCACUCAGUUUUCGACAAUGGGAUAUGAUGGAUGAAGCUUGGCUUGUCGGGCACAUAAAGGAGAGCUGCUGUUUCGUUGCAAGUAGUUCAGGUCGCAGAGGUGAAACAAUAGGAAGCUCAAAUUCUUCCCAAUGGAGCUUUGCUGCUCUUGUUGAGAUGUGCGAAUCAACGUCUAAGCAAAAGAAUUCAAUCGUACAGGAAUACGUCUUGCCAGAUUAUGCAAAUCUCAGUCAUGCCUCCAAGUAUGGCUACAUUCGGAAAGGGCCUGGAAGCUCAGCUGCAGAUGCCGCAUUGACGGAAAAGCUACAAAAGCUCAAUGAUGAUGAUUUCAUCAGUGAUGAUAGUACCGCGAAGCGAACAGCACUGACAGCCAUCAAAAGCAACGAAAAAGCAAACGGAGAAAGUGAAGAAGAUGUAGAUGAUUCGUCAGACGAUGAUUUUGAUGCGACAAUUAGCGGAGAUGAUUCGGCAGAUGAUACAGAAACGCAAAGGCCGAAAAAGAAGCAGAAGAAAGCCAAACAGAAAGUAAAGGCGAAAAAGUCAGCCGCACCAGCAAAUGGGCACAACGAAGAAGAGGAACCCGAGCAAGUUUUGAUUUUAGAACGUGAGCGAUUUCAAGUACCGGAAGUGAUGUUCAAUCCUGGCAUAAUUGGAUUGGAUGAUGCUCCCUUGCAUGAAGUGAUCCGAACCAGUAUAGAAGAAUGUGAUGAGAACAUAAGAGGACUUAUGUGGUCAAACAUUUGUUUGGUGGGAGGUGGUGCUCAAAUGCGUGGUAUAAAGGCUCGUUUGGAAGCUGAACUGAGACCUUUGGCACCUACUGAUGUUCCUCUACACAUUUGGACGAGCAAGAAACCUGCUAUGGAUGUUAUACAUGGUGCUCAAAGUAUUUUGACUGCUUCUACCGGAACAACCAUGCAAAGAAUGUUGAAAUCACGCUUACUUCCGGUAGAAGAAUAUACCCAAUCCAACAGUCGACAACUUUUUGGGAGCUGGACUUCGGUCUGAUGCUGCACACCUAUUAAUAUAGCAUUGUGGGGUAUCCAUCGAAGAAUCUGUACAGUAGGGCAAGCUUGAUUAUAGAAAAUUUGUCAGGAUGAAGGGGUAAGGGAG